AUUCUACAGGUGUAUAAAUUGCAAAGACAAUUUGCAACAGAAUUCACUCGAAGUUACCUAGUUGUAACCAGAAUGGCGUCUUGUUUUAGCAGCGCGCCGUGUCUUACCCCCACGAACGGAGCAGCGCCUCAGGCGUACGCGGCAGCUCUCCAAUAUUUCGCGGCUGCUCAAUGCAUUCUCACACACGACCUCCUUCCUGAAGCCAAGCUUAAUAGUAAAGAUACAUUUGACUUCAUAGUUGUUGGUGCAGGAUCUGCAGGAAGUGUUGUUGCUAAUCGAUUGAGUGAAAAUGAGAAAUACAAUGUUCUGCUUGUAGAAGCAGGUGGCGACGCUCCUCUUGAAUCUGAUAUUCCUGGCUUCGAAGUUUCCUUGUUUGACACGGAUUAUGAUUGGUGUUACCAGACCGUUAACGAUGGAAAAACAAGUCAGGCUAUUAUAAACGGAACUGUAGGCUGGAACAAAGGAAAGAUGUUCGGAGGAAGCAGCAGCAUUAAUGCUAUGUACUAUGUGCGUGGAAAUGAUCAAGAUUAUCAAACCUGGUACGACCAAGGGAAUGAAGAAUGGAGUGUCGAUGAAGUAAAUCGAUGCUUUAGAAAAGCAGAAAAUCUUCAAGAUGGAGAGAGAUUAAGUAAUCCUGAAAUCAGUGAGUUCUAUGGUCACGACGGCCCACUCAAUGUCAACAAAUUCAACAGCACUUUCAACACAUAUUUAGCUAAGGUUAUGGAGGCGUGGGAAGAAAUCGGAUUUAGAAAUGUUCCCGAUUUAAAUAUGGAAAACGUCAACACUGCUGGAUAUUUGCUGUCCACAGCAUCUGGUGGAGUGCGACAAAGUACAGGUAGAGGAUAUUUAAUGCCCGUGGGACAGCGAUCCAAUUUGAAAAUUCUUAAGCAUGCUUUGGCUACAAAAGUAUUGAUAAACACAGAAACCAAAAAGACGGAGGGUAUCGAAGUUGAACAAAAUGGUCAAAAAUUCAUAUUUUACGCUUCAAAAGAAGUUAUAGUAAGUGCUGGUUCAGUAGCCUCUCCUCAACUUCUGAUGUUGUCAGGUGUGGGCCCUGCAGAGCAUCUGACAGAACUAGGAAUCACUCCUAUUGUUGAUUCACCAAAUGUUGGACAAAAUCUUCAAGACCACGUAAUAGCACCCGUACUCAUAUUCGCUGAUGAACCAAAUGAGGCAACAUUACCCAACACGUAUCUCAAUUACAUGAACUACUUGGUUACACGUGGAGGUGCUUUAGCUCACAGUGACAUUGGAACAGAUGCUAGUGCAUUCUACUCAACCGUUGAAGGAGCUAAUUACCCAGACAGUCAAACUAUUUUGGUUAUGUAUCCCAAAAAGACUGAAGGAUUGAAAGAAGCUUUCAGCCGCACUUUCCGUUACAACGGUACAGUUAUGGAUUCUAUUGAAGACCAAAUCAAGGAUCACGGUGCAUUCUUAUUCGUUUACAAUCUUUUGCAUCCCCAUUCCAAGGGACAAAUUUUACUUAAAUCUUCAAAUCCUCACGACUAUCCUCUUAUUUACCCAAAUUAUUUCUCAGAUGAAAGAGAUGUAGAAACUAUUGUUAAAGCAUUGAAAAUGUCAAGUAAAAUAGUAAAUACAGAAUACUUCAAAUCCAUCAAUGCUUAUUUGGGAAGAAUGGAUAUCCCAGAAUGUAAUGAGCUUGAAUUAGACAGUGACGAAUAUUGGAGAUGCGUUAGUCUUAACUUGGCCGCUACCCUGUGGCACCCCGUCAGGUCAUGUCAGAUGGGUACUGACAUCAAUAACUCGGUGGUGGACAGUCGGUUAAGAGUUCACGGAGUCACAGGCUUACGUGUGGUGGACGCAAGUGUGAUGCCCGCUACCGUCAGUGGUAACACUAACGCCCCCACCAUCAUGAUUGGAGAAAGGGGUUCUGAACUGAUAUUGGAAGACAAUCAGGCUUAAAAAUUCUAUGAUAUUAGCACCUAUAAUAAUGAACUCUACUAGAAUAAAAGCAUGAGAUCAA